AUGUUCAAAGGUCUCAUUCUUGCUAUUGUUGGUCUUGUUUGUAUCAGUCAAUCAUAAGCAUUAACUCAUUACAAUGUUAAGCAACUUGCCCAUGCUAAAUCACUUUCUAAUGCUAAAGCACAUUCCCAAGCAAAAACAAAAGCAAAAGCUUAACAUCAUGGACAUAUCGAAUAUCAUGGUCAUUAACCGUCCUUAGUCCUUGAUAUUUAGGCAUCAGAGGAACUAUCUGAACUCUGUGCACAAGUUGAAGAGGGUAUCGAAGUUCCUGCAGAUCUUCCAGCAGAUUUAUACGAGGCUUUCCAUGAGUGGGCUAGAGAUAAUCUUGACGAUUUCGACGAGGAACGCCAUACUGCUGGCCAAGUUAUUCUCGAUGCUUGCUAGGAGUUCGGAGAAGCAGUUGAAGAAAGUGAUGAAUCGUGA